AUGGGAAAUGCUUCAGAUACAACCCUGUUUGUCUCCACAAUCUCAAAGGAGCUUGACUUCCUCAUGGGAACUUUCUACAGCAUAUUCUGUGUUCUGUCUCUCCUGGGGAAUGGCAUCUUGCUGCUUGUUGCGUAUCGUAAGCGAUUGUCCUUGAAGCCGGUCGAGUUCUUCAUCAUAAACCUGUCCAUCAGCGACCUUGGGAUGACCCUGUCUUUAUUCCCUCUGGCCACUCCCUCAGCAUUCGCUCACAAGUGGCUGUUUGAUGAGAUCACCUGUCAGUUUUACGCUAUGUGUGGGGUUCUGUUUGGUCUGUGCAGUCUGACCAACCUCACAGCUCUCUCCUCCAUCUGCUGCCUCAAAGUCUGCUUCUCUAACUAUGGCAAUAAAUUCUCGUCAUCCCAUGCCUGCUUCCUGGUGGUGGCAGUGUGGUGUUAUGCCUCUGUGUUCGCCAUCGGUCCCCUGGCACAUUGGGGACACUACAGAGCAGAGCCUUAUGGCACUGCCUGCUGCAUUGACUGGAACGUACCCAACUACGAGCUGUCUGCCCUGUCCUACAUUAUCUGCCUGUUCCUCUUCUGCUACGCUCUGCCCUGCACCGUCAUCUUCCUCUCCUACACCUUCAUCCUGCUGACGGUGCGCAGCUCUCACCAGGCCGUCCAGCGGCAUGUGUCACCCCGGACCAAGACCACCAACGCACACGCCCUCAUCGUCAAGUUGUCAGUAGCAGUAUGCAUCGGCUUCCUGGGUGCAUGGAGCCCUUACGCCAUAGUGGCCAUGUGGGCGGCAUUUGGUGACGCCACCCUGGUGCCUCCUACUGCAUUCGCCCUGGCGGCCAUCUUUGCCAAAUCGUCCACCAUCUACAAUCCUAUGGUCUACCUGCUUUGCAAACCAAACUUCCGCAAGUGUCUUUGUCGAGACACAUCCACGUUCCGCAAUAGGAUCUGCAGGGGCAGCCCCCGGCCUGAACAGAAAGACCCAUUUGGAUCCACAUCCAAGAGAAACAACAAGGACAUGAGUGUCUCAAACGGACAGUCAGAGAGUCAUAGGGCAUGUCUGCACUGUGCCGAGGAUGGAGCACACUGCCACACAGGGACCACACCCCAGAGGACUGCCCGAAUACUCUCAGGCGCCACCUACAGCAACGUGACUGUCGGACAACUCUCUGCUAAACUGCAGGCUGAUUUCCUCUAGUAGUGAAUCAGAACUGUAUCCUACCCUAAUCAUUCAGGCAGGGAUGGAGAUGGCCAGGUGGAAAGACAUUGCCAGGAUGGGAGACAGUAAAAUGGCAAAAAGGAUUGGUGGAAUUCAGUUCAAGCACACAGGGCAAGAUGUCAGUAUCUGUGAGAGACUGGCCCAUCAUGCAUCAUCAGCGUUUGCCUCCGCUACAAAACAGUGUGUGCAUUCCCCUGUACCAUCCAUCCCCCCAAACAUACAUAUGUUUUUAGCUGGCUGAGUUGCUGGUAUUGGCGCUUAUUUGUGCAAUAUUUGUUAAUGCCUCCAUUCCAGACAGCCAUUAUUGGCAUUACAGCAAGCUGCAGCCAGCCUCAGCAUCCCUAUCCCCAUUCUGUUCUGACCAAGGUCACUGCCAAAGGACCACAGCUUCAAGGUUGGAUAUUUUGCAAAAAAACAUAUUUCCUGAAAUGUUUAUGUACGUCAGCAGCUGUUGUACUCAGUCUCACUCACCAUAGCAAACAAGUUGGUCAAUGCAAACAACAAAGAACAUUUAGUUGUACAAGGUGCCUAAGGACAAAAGAGUUAACUGAAAUAUUUAAAUAUAUUUAUAAAAGAGAACAUUUAUUGUUAUAAGUGCAGUGGAUUUAUCCAGGACAAUCACAUGACAAGGAAACAGAACCAAAGGAAAUAGGAGCCCAAUGAUCCCACACAUUAUGCAAUGUUCACAUCCGUGUAGUGGGAGCGAUAUGAACAUCAUAUAGCUAAUCACUAAACUCGUCUGGUGAUACCGUGCCAGUGUAGAGAGGCCUUGGCAAAAUGUAUCCUGACAUUAUUUCCAAUACAUUGUUGAUAGU